AUGGGAAAUGGUUCAGUGAAACCCAAGUACCUGAAGAGGCCAGAUAGCCAUGUGGGAAACUGCCCCUUUAGCUGCUCUGGCAGCAGUAAGUUCUUGAAGGACCCGGGCUUGAACAUCAGCACAAUCACUGGGGCUGCAGAUAUUCUGAGAAGCAAGAUCUGGGAGCUCGAAAGGGAACUGAAGAGGCAGGAGGAAGAGUUGCAUGAGAGGAAUUACCACAUCCUCGAACUCCAGGAACAGCUGGCUAAACAAACCAGGACCAUCGCAGACCUCACUGAAGAGCUCAAGUGUAAAUGCAUCCAGCUGAACAAGCUGCAGGAUGUUGUGGACACCCAGGGAGCAAAUCCGUUCGUGUUUUCUCCGCUUAAAGAAGUGCCCAAGGCCAGCCAGGCCGCAUUCAGCAACCGGAGGAGAGGGGCAAAGGAAGGUGUGUCUGCAGAGCCAACGACCCGGACGUACGACCUGACUGAGCAGCCGAGGUUUUCAUUUGAGAAAGCAAGAGUCCGAAAGGCCUCGAGUGAGAAAAAGCUUAUCACAGAUGCUCUGAGCAGAAACCAAUUUCUAAAAAGGCUGGACCCGCAGCAGAUCAGAGAUAUGGUCGAAUGUAUGUAUGGAAGGACGUACCAGCAGGGGAGCUACAUAAUCAAGCAGGGGGAGCCUGGCAACCACAUAUUUGUGCUGGCAGAAGGCAGACUGGAGGUCUUCCAGCAGAACAAGCUUCUCUCAUCGAUUCCGGUGUGGACAGCAUUUGGGGAGUUGGCCAUUUUAUACAACUGCACGAGAACAGCCUCAGUGAAAGCUGUCACCAGCGUGAAAACAUGGGCGUUAGACAGAGAGGUCUUCCAGAACAUCAUGCGGCGGACGGCACAAGCACGACAUGAGCAGUACAGAAAUUUCCUCAGAAGUGUGUCUUUGUUGAAAAAUUUACCUGAAGAUAAGCUGACAAAGAUCAUAGACUGCUUGGAAGUGGAAUACUAUGACAAAGGUGAUUAUGUUAUCCGGGAGGGAGAAGAAGGAAACACCUUCUUUGUUAUAGCCAAAGGGAAGGUUAAGGUUACCCAGACCACAGAUGGGCAGGCACAGCCCCAGCUGAUUAAAACAUUGCAGAAAGGAGAUUACUUUGGGGAGAAGGCUCUGAUCAGUGAUGAUGUUAGGUCUGCUAAUAUAAUUGCUGAUGAAAAUGAUGUGGAAUGCCUUGUCAUUGACCGAGAAACCUUCAAUCAAACAGUUGGGACAUUCGAAGAACUCCAGGCCUACCUUGUGGGUUACGUGGCAAAUCUGGCUCGAGAUGACGAGAAAAGGCAGGCCCAAGUUUCUGCGUUGGAGCGACUCCCCAGUGAUGUCUCUUUGGAGAUGAUACAGCUGAAAGAAAAAGUAACCCAGUUUCCUUCCACAUGCCCAUUUCAGAACCUGGAAAUCGUUGCUACUCUGGGUGUUGGUGGAUUUGGAAGAGUCGAGCUUGUGAAAGUUAAGAACGAGAACGUAACCUUUGCCAUGAAGUGCAUUAAGAAAAAGCACAUAGUGGACACCAAGCAACAGGAGCACAUCCAUUCUGAGAAGAAAAUCCUAGAAGAGGCCUGCUCUCCAUUCAUUGUCAACUUGUACCGCACCUUCAAAGACAACAAAUACGUUUACAUGCUCUUGGAAGCCUGUCUUGGAGGUGAGCUAUGGAGUCUUCUCAGGGACAGAGGUAGUUUUGAUGAAACCACAACAAAGUUCUGUGUCGGGUGUGUGACAGAAGCUAUUGAGUAUUUGCAUUGCAUCAAUGUGAUUUACAGGGACCUGAAGCCAGAAAAUUUAAUUUUGGAUGCUCAAGGAUAUAUAAAGUUGGUUGAUUUUGGGUUUGCUAAGAAGAUUGGAGCAGGGCAAAAGACCUGGACGUUCUGUGGGACUCCGGAAUAUGUUGCUCCUGAAGUCAUUCUUAACAAAGGCCAUGAUUUCAGUGUGGACUUCUGGUCUCUUGGAAUCCUUGUGUAUGAACUACUUACAGGAAACCCUCCAUUUUCCGGGGUUGAUCAAAUGAUGACCUACAAUUUGAUUCUAAAAGGUGUUGAAAGGCUGGAUUUUCCCCGAGUAAUAACCAAGCGGCCAGAAGAUUUGAUUCGGCGGCUCUGCAGACAAAACCCUACUGAAAGAUUAGGAAACCUAAAGAAUGGAAUCCAUGAUAUUAAGAGGCAUAGAUGGCUGAAUGGUUUUAACUGGGAGGGACUCAAGGCAAGGAAGCUAACAUCUCCUUUGAAACGAGAGCUUGCCGGUCCAAUGGAUUACAGCUACUUUGACAGAUACCCACCUGAACAGGGGGUCCCACCCGAUGAGCUUUCAGGCUGGGAUAAAGAUUUCUAAGAAGAAGAGAGACUCGUCGUUAUAAAU